UAUUACAGAGCCUUGAGCCCAAAGGGGCCGUCCUAGUUCAAUUUGCCAGUCUUUCAAUGAACGAUAGCUGUGGUACUGCACUGCAGACGACGGGGAACGAAACAGAGACGACGCUAUGAUACAUGGACUGAUCGGUCAGUCCUGACCGACCUACCCACGAUGGCUGACAUGUACAUAAAACACAUACGUACCUACACACACACAAACAACUGUCGUGCUGCAAAUAAACACAACAAAGCUGCACGAAAAAGGGCGCCACAAAAAGGAUAAGUACACCUCAUCACAUACAUGUCUCCAACGCACCAGCGCGUCAGUAAGGAAAGACCCACGCAUCAAGACCAUCUGUCGUCCAUCAGCAGUCAUCACAGCCGCCCCCGCAGCCACAGGCGCGUAUAGACGACAGCGAAUAGUAAUCAAGCAACUCUAUGUCGGCAAAUAUCUGUGUGUGUGUGAUGGUCGCACUCGGCGGCACAACGUAUUGACGUCUCUCCCCUCUGCGCAUGUCCGCGAAGGCAUCCUUGAUCCAGUCUUUGAAGUCGCGUAGGUCGUGGCGAAUGUAACUCCAGCGGUAGGAUUGAUGGCCCUCAUCGAAGCCGGUUUCCCACUCGUAAUGGUUGUAUAGGACCUGGUCAUCGUCCGUUGGCUUGCCACCGUGUCCCUCGUGGAUUGUUUUGUAGCGCACCCCAGACGGCAGCCGAUUGAAGCCUUGUGCGUCCCACACACUGACAAAAGAAAGAAACCAAGGGCGUAUGAGCCACAUGUAAGUACGUAAUGAGUGGCUGUUGGUCUGGUCUGUCUAUCUUACUCGAACGCUGCACCGGGGAAGAACUUGAUGUGAUGCCAAUCUGCCGCUUGGAUGCGGUGGCGGUCGCCGUGUACAGACACGUCGAACCCACCGAUGUGGCCGUCAGCAUCAGCAGCGGCCGGAUAGACGUGAUGGCCAUCGAAUACACCGAUGGGCUUGUGGGUCCUCAUCGAAUACACCGUCGGGCGCUCAGCCACACCUGCAGCCCACACAGGCACGCAGACACGCGCACGCACACAGAUGCACCAUGACGGGUCGCUGCAGCACUAACUGUGCGCUGUUUGUUUCCUUCCCUGUCAUGCAUUGCAUGCUUGCUCACUCACUCUGUGCAUGUUGUGUCGUCUUCCCUUCCGGCAGCGUAUGGAUGCGGCUCAUGCGGCUGGCCCAGGCCGCCUCGGGCAGCUGGAAGCCGCUGAUGCCAUGGCCUAGCAGGGCCAAACCAACGACAGCAGGAAAGACUCUCAUCGCAGCAACAGUGCACGAUGUCCUGUCCUGCGCCGCCUUUGCACCGGCCCUGACGCACGCAGACGUCAGAUCUUUGUCUGCACUGGUGUAGUGGCCACUCUGGUGCCUCUCAAAUGCGCAGAUCUUGAAAAAGAUGAUUUGG